AUGGACAUCCUAGCCAGGAGACAACAGUGCACCACAUUCAUCUGCUGUGUUACGAUUGUGUUACUCUCGACAACGCUGUCGUUUGGGGCAAGACAAUUAAAUCGAAAAUCCGGAAAAAAUAACUCGUCCUACAUUUUGCGCGUAACCAAAAUGCAUUGCAUCGAGGCACCGUACAAGCGAACGCACCUGAACUACUGUGAAAUGGUACAGUUCUCAAAUGGUACGGUUGGUUUGAACACUUCCGUCGACAUUCCGAUAGUGCUUAAUUACUUCGAAGUAACUGCCAAAGUGUAUUACAAAUACACCACCUACCGACCCUUCAUGAUCGACUGGACCAUCGAAUUGUGUCAGGUGCAUCGUAAUGGAAAAUUCAACCCAUCUACCACAAUCGUGUUGCAAAUCAUAAAACAAAGCCUUCCCGAGUUUUACUAUCCUUGUCCACAUGGGAAUCGUACGUACACUACGUUUUGGACUUUGGAACCAAGCUAUAUUCCAUCUACCUUACCAUCCGGUGACUAUCGAUUGGAUGUCCACUUCCGAGAUUCGAGCCGCUCGACACUCUACGCAGCUCAACUGUUCUGUUCUAUGCGUAAACAGAGUCUUAUCGGUUAA